AUGGAUAUGGAGCUAGUCUCAGUGCUCACGAAGGGUAUGGAGUCUGUCUCAGCACUCAUGAAGGGUAUGGAGUCCAUCUCAUUGCUCAUGAAAGCUCUGCAUGUAAGGUUGGACCCAAAGGAAUUCUUCAAUGGCUCCAUAAAGGUGUUUGAGGAGUUCAUGGAUAUUUUCAAAGACAAAGAACAGGCAGAAGUGGCUUCUAUAGUGCAGGCGGAGCUGGAUUUGUUCAAAUCCACCAUGCUCAACAUCGCAGUCACGGGGGAGACGGGUGCCGGGAAAUCGUCCUUCAUCAACGCCCUCCGGGGACUGACCGCUGAGGAUGACGGGGCUGCCCUAACGGGGGUGACAGAAAUGACGACGGAGCCGACUGUUUAUCCCUAUCCAAACCACCCCAACGUGAGGCUGUGGGACCUGCCCGGCAUUGGUGCCCCGGAUUUCCAGCCAACCACGUACCUGCAACAGGUGAACUUCAAAUGCUAUGACUUCUUCGUGAUCAUCGCUUCGGAGCGCUUCAAAUGCAACCAUAUGGCCCUGGCCCAGGAGAUCGAGAGAAUGGGGAAGAGGUUCUAUUUUGUGCGCUCCAAGGUGGAUGAAGAUUUGCGCAACGAAGAAAGGGAUCACCCUAGAACAUUCAGUCAGGAGAGCGUCCUGGAGAGACUCAGGAUGGACUGCAGGAAACACCUGCAAAAGGCAGGGAUGAAUAUAGUCGUAUCAUGUAAUAAAUUCACUUAUAACCUGAAUUAA